AUGACUGUCCUUUUUUUUUAUGCAUGCCUUCUUAAAGCGAUUGUUUUAUUUGCAUGUUAUGUGCACUGUAACUAUAAUAUAAAAAUUCGAAAGCUGAUAUUUGAAUCGAAAACAGAGCAAUGUAAAAAAGAGAUAGAAUUAUUUGGAGAAAAAGAUAUGUUCAUAAUUAAAGAUAGUAGCAACACUUAUUUGCAAAUUCAAGAUAAUAAUACAAUUAUAAGCAAUUUAAAUGUUUAUGGAACUAUACAUACUAAUGAUUUUUUAUUUUAUCAAACAAAUCAAUGGAAAUUAUAUCAUAUUGAUACCUUUGAUAAAAAAGAUAAUAAAUGGAUCCCAUCGGACGUGAGUACUUGUGGGAAUUCUCCCGACACAUUUCUUGGAGGCCCAUGCAAAUUCGGACCAAUUGAAGCUUACAUUAAAAUUACGAACAUACCGAAACACACGAAAUUAAAAAUCAAAAUGAGGAUUCAUUUUUUUGAUACCUGGGAUGGUGACUCUCUAUUUUUACAAGUUGACGAUAAAAUUAUUUGGACAGAGUCUCAUAAAUCCAAUGAUACAACGUCAACCAAUUUGGGGAUAGAUGUAUGCGGGGAAAAUGCCCCUGAUAGAUUAUCAGUUUCUGUUGAUUCUGAAUUUGAGCAUUCUGCAGAUUCUACGAACAUAUUAUUAGGAAACACUUUAAAAAAAACAACUAAUUCAUGUAUAACGUCAUGGGGAAUAGAUGAUUUUAUUAUCUAUUAUAAAUGA